CCUUACAUUACAAAUAGAUAUUUUGCAGAGCAAAAUUAUAAUUAAUCAUUUAAAGCAAUGGCCUCGUUUGUAGCCGAAGUAUUAACUACGACAGGUCAGCUAGAGACUCAAGAAGCCUCAUCGAAGAUUCAGCAACUAAACAAGAAAAUAGACGGCCUGAAGCUGCAGGUGUACGAUGUCACCGUGAACAAGUACACCAACAUUCAGUCCAAGCUGAACUCCACAGAGCAGCUGGUCAGUGAUGUCCAGGCAACCAAGCAGGAGAUGAAUGAAGUCAGUGACCGGAUAGAGAAACAGAUCAAAAGUCAGCUGCACAUGUCCACGGUGGAGUUUGAGACUCUGACAGGCAACCUGGAGGACAUCACCUGCCUACUGGUGGUACUUGAGAAGCUGGUCAACCUGCAGAAUGGCCUAGAAGCGAUGGAGACGUCCAUUCAGGCUCACGACUACAGUCGGGCAGCGGACACUCUUGACCGCGUGCGGUCACUGCUGGCACAGAAAGUGUUUGGCCACGAAGAUGAGCUGAGCAUUCUGUCCACAAUACAACAGGAGUGCUCCAUCAAGAAGGAGAGACUUAACAUGGAGCUGAACGAUAAAUGGAAGGAACUCAUCGUGUGGGACGUACCAUCGGAAAAAGUGAAAAACGAGACCGGGUCGAAGGUCGUGAGGUUAAAGAUUAAUACUGCGAGUGAGAAUGGGGAUUUACUGAGGAGGACUGUACUUGGAAUGAGUAAGAUGAAGAUUCUUGAGUCUAAGGUGAGAGAUUUCGGGGAGAAGUUGUUUCAGCACAUGAUUCAGCUGGUGACUGUUAGAUCGAAAUGUGAGGUGUCAGGCUCUGAGACAGAGACGGGUGUGAUACUCAGUGUGGAAGUGUUGGACUCUGACGAGGCAGAUGUAGUGCCUGUUGUGCCUCAUCAGGUGUUCCUAUCUUUAGAGAAACUGUUGAGCUUUUUAAAUCAGCAUUUUUUGCAUAUAAUCGUCACUGAAGGAUCCAGCGAAAAUGAGGUCCCAGAGACAUUGAUGUCAAUUUUGGGAGGGUUCAUAGCUGACAAGAGCCUUGAGCAGGUUGUGAAGCAAUGUCUGGUGCGGGCCAUACCCAGCAGCCACAAGGACCUGCAAGAGCUGGACAACAUCGUACUCCUCACCAACGAAUUCCACAAGAAACUCAUGGAGUUGCAUUUCAUAAACAAGGACAACACAAUAUUGCAGGACUUUGUUCAGAACGUGAAUACACUCUUCGCCAACAAAAAAUGUCAGGAAAUUUUAGAGCGUGCUCAUAAGUUGGUUACGACCGAGGUGCACAAUACUAUUACAGUGAGUCAAGAUCGUCCACUUGGGAAGUUGCCUCCCCUGUGGGAGGGAAAGGACGGGUCUGGAGGGAAGAAGGCCCGUAGAGACGAGGUUACCUCCGCACAGGCUCCCCUCAGUGUCAACACCUUCCGGCUCCCCACAUGUCAGAUCAGUGCGUCUAUCCAGGAGCUGGUCACACUGGCAUACGAGACCCUACAGGAAGCGAGCGUGAGCUCUGCCCAGUGUGCCAUUCAGCUGUUCUGCGCUGUGCGUGGCAUGUUUGAGCUCUACUGCAGUGUCUUCCCCAUCUACCACAGGCGCAGUCUCCAGACCCUGCCUCAAUUCAGCGCCCUUCACUACACCAACAGCAUGUACAUUGCCCACCACCUGAUGACGCUAGGCCACCAGUUCAGUCGCAAGCUGCCCAGCACCAUAAACUCCACAUUCGUAGACCUGGUCCCGAAAAUUCGGCGCGCGGGAUCUGACAGCUUUGUACAGCAACUGAAGAAGCAGAAAUCUCAAAUGUCCGAGUAUCUGUCAGCAGCCAAUGGGUUCAUGAGUGUGUCCGAGCCAGGAACCCAGGCUGCCAGUGAGAGGGCAGUGAAGCAAGUACUACACCAGCUGCAGCAUCUCCACAACAUAUGGCAGACUGUGCUGCCACCUACCAACUACAGGAAGGCCAUUGGAGGGCUACUCAACGGUGUGGUGGUGGAGAUCACAGACAGUGUGGUGGCUCUUGAGGACGUCUCGUCUACAGACGCAGCCCACAUCUCCAGUCUCAUCACCUCCAUCGUAGUUCGCGCUGACCAACUGUUCACCAUCGACGGCGAGACGAGCAACAUCAGUGUUGCCGUGGAAAUUCAUCGCAAUGUGUCCAAGUGGCAGCGGUUGAAGGAGCUGGACAUGGUGCUAAAUGCCAGUCUGACAGAUAUUGCUAAUCGCUGGGCGGAGGGGAAGGGGCCCCUCGGUGUGGCCUUCUCCGCCAAUGAAUUAAAGCAGCUGAUACGCGCCUUGUUUCAGAACACGGAAAGACGGGCCGCAUUGCUGGCGAAAAUUAAGUAGCUGAUACGGUCCUCUAACUGGACUCGGAUAUAUUUGACUGUUGUCCUGGGAAAACUGGGCUUAAUGCAUGUGCAUAGUGUCAUCCCUGUGCAUUUUUUACAGGCUUAUCAGGGACGGCACGUUCUGCUUUGAUGGUAUUUUUAUGCCCCCGGUAGGGUGGCAUAUAGCAUUUGAACUGUCUGUCAGUCCAAAAAAAUUAACAUUGGCCAUAACUUUUGCGAUAUUGAAGAUAGCAACUUGAUAUUUGGCAUGCAUGUGUAUCUCAUGGAGCUGCAGGUUUUGAGUGGUGAAAGUUCAAGGUCAUCCUUCAAGGUCAAAAAAACAAAUCAAAGGGAAGCAACAAGCUUUAAAGGGAGAUAAUUUCUAGAUAUCAUUUUGCAGGUACAGAUCAUUUUUACAAGGGAAGUAAUAUUUUUUAUUGAAUCCCUUUAAAAAAUAUUACUUCCCUUCAACAAAAAAUUAUCUGUACCUGCCAAGUGAUUAAAAUCAUAUAAAUAAAAGCGGCGCAGAAGGGAGCAUUGUGUUUCUGACAUACACAUCUCUUGUUCAUUUAGAGGAAGUUUCUUCUCUUGGAAAAUCAAGUUUAGGUGGAAAGUGUCGUCCCUGAUGAGCCUGUGUGGGUUUUGAGCCUGGUUCUGAUAAAACUGGGCUUAAUGCAUGUACAUAAGCAGUGCGCACAAGCUAAUCAUAGACAACACUUUUCACUUUGAUGGUAUCGUUUAGAUGAAGUAUCUUAGCCAAAAUGCAUUGUAGGCAGAAAGUGUCUCCCUGAUUAGCCUGUGCAGAGCGCACAGGCUAAUCUGGGACAACAUUUUUUGCACAUGCAUUAAGCACCAUUGAACAAAGAGGUGCUUAAAUUGUUAGUGUUUCAAAAUGUGCUAUUGUAAAGUGCUGCUGUUAAUAGAAUUAUAUUAAAUUUGCAUUUUUUUGCUUACAUCAAUAUAAACUUAAUUUUUGCAACAAACACAAAUAAUAUAAUUUGCGUAAAUGAAUGUUAUAAUUAUUAAGUAAAUACAUUUGACAUGUAAGCAUGUGUUCAUUGUGGUAUUUUAUUUAUAUGUUGUUACUGAAAUUCUAUUUGUCACUAUAUUUAGAUAAAAUAUAAAAUAUAUA